UAUCUGCCUUGGACCUCUUUUGACACACAUCUGCUCAUCUGUGAGCUGAGGCCCUGACUCCCUUCCCACUGAGGAUUUUUGGGGAACAGAAGAAAGAGGUGGUCCUCUCCGAAGAUGAACUCAACAGACCCCCUUCAGGAUGCUCCCAAUGCCACCUGGCUUCACGUACCUCACUCACAAGGAGAAAACAGCACCUCUGUCCAGGAGGAUCUCCAGGGUCUCAUCCACACGGCCACCCUGGUAACCUGUACUCUCCUACUCCUGAUCAUCUUCUGCUUGGGCUCUUACGGCAACUUCAUUGUCUUCUUGUCCUUCUUUGACCCAGCUUUCAGGAAAUUCAGAACCAACUUUGAUUUCAUGAUCCUGAACCUGUCUUUCUGUGACCUCUUCAUUUGUGGCGUGACGGCCCCCAUGUUCACCUUUGUGUUGUUCUUCAGCUCAGCCAGUAGUAUUCCCGAUGCAUUCUGCUUCACCUUCCACCUGACCAGUUCUGGCUUCAUCAUCAUGUCCCUCAAGACGGUGGCAGUGAUCGCCCUGCACCGGCUCCGCAUGGUGCUGGGGAAGCAGCCCAAUCGCACGGCCUCCUUCCCCUGCACCUUACUCCUCACUCUGCUUCUCUGGGCCACCAGUUUCACCCUCGCCACCUUGGCCACACUGAAAACCAGCAAGUCCCAGCUCUGCCUUCCCAUGUCCAGUCCGCCCGCCGGAGGAGGGCAGGCUGUCCUGUCUCUCUAUGUGGUUGACUUCGCCUUCUGUGUUGCUGUGGUCUCCGUGUCUUACAUCAUGAUUGCUCAGACGCUGCGCAACAACGCUCAGCUCCGAAAGUGCCCCCCUGUAAUCACAGUAGAUGCUUCUAGGCCACAGCCUUUCAUGGGGGUCCCGGUGAAGGGAGGCAGAGAGCCCGUCCAGUGCACCAUGCCAGCUCUAUACAGGAACCAGAAUUACAACAAACUGCAGCACGUUCAGACCCAUGGGUACACCAAAAGUCCCAACCAGCUGCUAAGCCCUGCAGCCAGCCGGCUCCAGCUGGUGUCAGCCGUCAACCUCUCCACCGCCAAGGAUUCCAAAGCAGUGGUCACCUGUGUGAUCAUCGUGCUGUCGGUCCUGGUGUGCUGUCUUCCGCUGGGGAUUUCCUUGGUGCAGGUGGUUCUGGCCAACAAUGGGAGCUUCAUCCUUUACCAGUUGGAACUGUUUGGAUUUAUCCUUAUAUUUUUCAAGUCGGGAUUAAACCCUUUUAUAUAUUCUCGGAACAGUGCAGGGCUGAGAAGGAAAGUGUUCUGGUGCCUCCAAUACAUAGGCUUGGGCUUUUUCUGCUGCAAACAGAAGACCCGACUUCGAGCCAUGGGGAAAGGGAACCUUGAAGUCAACAGAAAUAAAUCCUCUCAUCAUGAAACAAACUCUGCCUAUAUGUUGUCUCCAAAGCCACAGAAGAAAUUCGUGGACCAGGCUUGUGGCCCAAGUCAUUCCAGAGAAAGCAUGAUAAGUCCUAAGAUGUCUGCUGGACAUCAACACUAUGGUCAGAGCAGCUCAACCCCCAUCAACACACGGAUUGAACCAUAUUACAGCAUCUAUAACAGCAGCCCUUCCCAGGAAGAGAGCAUCGCACAUAACUUACAGCCGGUAAACGCCUUUGGAUUUGCCCAUUCAUACAUUGCCAUGCAUUAUCACACCACCAAUGAUUUAAUGCAAGAGUAUGACAGCACUUCAGCCAAGCAGAUUCCAGUCCCCUCUGUUUAAAGUCCCGGAGACUAGAGAAUCUAAUCUCAUCUACUAGUUUUGACUUUUUUUUUUUUUUUUUUUUACCUUUGGGAGCUGAGUGGUAGAUCAAAACUUAAAGAUGAGGCUAAAACUGGCAGUUAUGACUUUCUUCUGUCUGAAGUGUUAGCAUCUAUCAGUUCGCUUUGUAGCCCUUUGAUAUUUUCAGAUUUGGCAUAAAAGUUUAUUUUUAGAUUUUUACCUUGACCUGUGUCCCAGUCUUUUGUGCUGAACCUUUAAAUAGAUGCCAGGAAUGAUUGUGCUACUGUGUUAAAGUAGAAAAAUCAACCGAUUGUGGUCAUUUGAGUCAGUGUUAUGGGUCUUCGAAGUGUAUAUCGGCUGGCUUUUUAAAAGACUGAACAUAUGAUCUUCUGUGGAAGUGUCAUUUUAUUAAUGGAAUUUCCAGUUUUGAUUCUUUAAAGUGUUGAAAUAGGAAACAAUACACUUUUUUGUGGGGUAGCAGGCUGGUUUGAAUAAAUAGUAUAUUGUUAAAGCAGAAAAUCAGAAAUACUUUAUAACUCUACCCUUCCCAAAAAUAUUCACAGGUAUUAGGUACUUUCCUCUCCUAAGACAGUCAACUAAGAAUGUAUUAUAAUUAUUGCCAUUUCUUAUUAUAGGUAUUAUCAUUUUGUGUCAAUUGAGUAGACAUAUAGUUCUUAAAAAGAGAAAGAUGUUUUUACUUGUUAAAAAUGAAUUGUUCUAUUUUGGGAUGA